AUGAGUGCCAAGACUUUGCUCUCUCUGCUUUCCAUUGCCAACCUGGUCACGGCUCUGACGUGCCCGGUUGCUGGUGGAACUUCCAAUGAUUCUCCUGCUAUUCUAGCCGCACUGAAGCAGUGCAACAACGGCGGAACCGUCGUUCUUGACAAAACCUACACCAUUGGCUCCGUUCUCCAGACUGACGCUCUGUCCAACAUCGCUAUCCAGCUUUCCGGCACCAUCAAUCUCAGCACAGAUCUCAAUUACUGGCAAAAGAAUUCCAUCCAGCUCAAUUACCAAAAUGCCUAUACUGCUUGGGCCAUCGGUGGUAGCAACAUCCACCGGACAAGUAUACUAACAUCAGGCAAGAUAUAUGGCGGCGGCAGCUUCAAUGGUGGCGGUGACGCCUGGUAUUCCGCCGGCAAAACUGGCCCUGUCAUGUUGACUUUGUUGAACGCCAAGGAUGUUCUCAUUGAGCAUAUCAACAUGAACAAGAGCCCUUUCUGGCACAAUCUCGUUGAUGGUUGCACCAAUGUCACAUACAGCCACGUCAACAUGAACUCCGUUCAGAAUAACGGAAAGCAGGCACAGAACACCGUGGAAAGAAGUACUAACCCCGCCAGCUGGGACACUUACCGCUCCUCGCAAGUCACAAUCGAGGAUUGCACUAUCAUCAACGGUGAUGACUGCGUCUCUUUCAAGCCCAACUCCACCGACAUCGUGGUCAAGAACCUAUACUGCCAAGGCUCGCAUGGCAUCUCCGUCGGCUCCCUGGGUCAAUAUGCUGGUCAGGUGGACAUUGUGCAGAACAUCUAUGCCAAAAACAUCACCAUGGUCAAUGCUUCAAACGGUGCCCGCAUCAAGGCCUGGGGUGGGAGUCCCUCCGCCACCUCCACCAAAGGCGGCGGAAAAGGUUUCGUCCAGAACGUCACCUUUGAGGACUUCGUGAUGAAGAACGUCGACCGCCCGAUCGUCAUUGACCAGUGCUACAUGACAAACGCCGACUCCUGCGCGCAAUACCCUUCUGGCGUCCGCAUCAGCGACAUCCACUACAUCGACAUCACGGGAACUGGCGGCAAGGCUUCGGAAGUCGUCAACAUGGUCUGCAGCGACAUUUGCAACGACAUCACUGCCACAGGCACCAAGCUUGUUGGCACCAAAGGAAACUCUGAGUACAUCUGCAAGAACAUUGCCUCCGUCGAUAAACUCGACUUUCCCUGCAGCGCGACUGGUGUCACUGUUGGCGGCACCUCAAAGACAACUAAGUCUGCCAAGUCCACGCACACCUAG